GUACAAGUCCACCGCGAUCAGCUGCAACAAGGGCUUGUUCAGUUCUUUUCAAAAUUUGAAGCGCCAUGGACUGGUCUGAUUCUGAAGUUGAUCCCGACGAAAUCUUCGGCGACGGCGACGAAGACCCCGAGAAUGGGCCAUACCCGGAGCGAGAUGCCACCAAGGAGAUGGUGGUCUAUUUGGUGGAUGCUUCCCCCAGAAUGUUCUCUGCCACUUGCUCUUCGGAAGUUGGAAGUCUUGAUACACAAGAUUAUGUCUCUACCAAGCAUAGCAAAAUGACGGAAAACCAGAAGGAUGCUACUCACUUUGAGAUUGCUGUCCACAGCAUUGCAAGUGCCUUGAAGACUCAAAUAAUCAAUAGAUCUUAUGAUGAAGUUGCAAUAUGCUUCUUUAAUACAAGGGAAAAGAAGAACUUACAGGAUUUGAAUGGUGUAUAUGUUUUUACUGUUCCGGACCGAGAGGAUUUGGAUAGACCAACAGCUAGGCUUAUCAAAGAAUUUGACUGCAUAGAAGAUUCAUUUAGCAAGAACAUUGGGAGUGCAUAUGGCAUCUUGUCUGGAACUCGUGACAAUUCUCUGUACAAUGCCCUUUGGGCUGCACAAGGAUUAUUACGUAAAGGGUCUAUUAAGACAACAGAUAAAAGGAUUCUGCUGAUUACUAAUGAAGAUGAUCCGUUUGGGAACAUCAAGGGAGUGACAAAAAUGGACAUGAUGAGAACAACACUACAGAGAGCCAAAGAUGCUCAAGAGCUUGGCAUCUCGAUUGAGAUUCUUCCCUUGAGUCGACCAGACAAUGAAUUUAAUAUGUCCACUUUUUAUGCAGAUUUACUGGGAUUGGAAGGCAAGGAUUUGGCUGAUUUCAAGGCCUUAGUAGGAGAAAGACUUGAAGACAUGAAAAACCAACUUAGAAAGCGCAUGUUUAGAAAACGCAAAGUUAGAAGAAUAAACUUCAUCCUUGGCAAUGGCAUAUCCAUUGAGGUGGAUUCCUAUGCUUUAGUCCGCCCAACCAACCCAGGAGCUAUCACUUGGCUUGAUUCGGUCACUAACCUUCCUGUUAAGUCAGAACGAUCUUUCUUCUGUUCAGACACUGGUUCUUUGCUUCAGGAGUCUCCGCAGCUGUUUCAGACUUACAAGAAUCAAAAUAUCUUGUUCUCAGUUGAUGAAAUUUCCGAAAUAAAGAGAACAUCUGUUGGUCAUCUUCGUCUGUUAGGGUUCAAGCCUUUGAGUUUGUUGAAGGAUUAUCACAACUUGAGGCCAUCUACCUUUGUUUUCCCAAGUGACGAGGAAAUGAUUGGAAGUACCUCGAUUUUCAUUGCUCUCCUCAGAUCAAUGUUACGGCUGAAGCGCUUUGCUGUUGCAUUCAAUGGAAGCUCCAGCAAUCCUCACUUGGUGGCUUUAGUUGCUCAAGAUGAGAUAGUUAGCGCCAGUGGUCAGGUUGAACCGGCUGGAAUGCAUAUGAUAUAUCUUCCAUAUUCUGAUGAUAUCAGACCCAUUGAAGAGCUUCACACAGAUAAAAAUCCUGUGGCACCUCGGGCAACUGAUGACCAAAUAAAGAGUGCCUCUUCAUUCGUGAAGCGUGUUGAGCUAAAAGAAUUUUCAGUGGGCCAAUUCUCAAACCCUGGCUUGCAGAGACAUUAUGCAGUACUACAAGCUCUGGCUUUGGAUGAAGAUGAAAUGCCGGAUGUCAAGGAUGAUACUCUUCCUGAUGAAGAAGGCUUUGCCAGACCGAAGAUAGUUACAGCAUUAGAAGAGUUUAAGCUUUCUGUUUAUGGAGAAAACUACAAUGAGGAGAAUGAUACGAUGGACACCGGAAAAACAAGUGAAGCUUCCAGAAAAAGGAAAUUGAUUGCUGAUCAUGCUUCCAAGGAAUAUGCUAAUUACAACUGGUCUGAUCUUGCAGACAGUGGACAGUUGAAGGAUCUGACGGUGGCAGAGCUGAAGUACUAUUUGAAUGUUGAGAAGCUGCCAGUUACCGGGAAAAAGGAAGCUCUCGUCACCCGGAUCUUAACCCACAUGGGCAAAUGAUGUAUUUAUCUAUUUAUUUAGGCAUACGUCUUGCUUCUGUAUUUGUAUUUAUGGAGUACAAUAUACAUACAAUACGUCUCCCCAUCCCCAUCCGCUUUGCAUAUUUUCUUUCGGGUUUCUCACACUAACUAAUACCUAAUCCUGCUUACAUA